AUGUCCCCCAGCGUCAUUGUCGCCGAAGAAAGUACCACGACCGCUGGCACUGCAGUGAGCAAGGCGACGACCAGAAUCGACAGCGGCGACAUCUUUGAAAUCCCCACUGUGGACAUCUCAGCCUUUUUGACAGACCCAGACUCCCCGGAGGCUCAAGCCAUCGUUCCCAUCGUGCGGUCUGCUUGCCGCUCGACAGGUUUCUUUCAGAUCACCGGCCAUGGCAUUAGCAAGGAUCUGCAACAGUCGGUGUUUACCGGAGCAAAGAAAUUCUUCUCCCUCCCCUUCGAGACUAAAAAGGCCCUAGAUGCUCACUCAAAUCAGGGUCUUAGAGGCUACGAUGUACUGGCCUCACAGUCUUACGAGGAUGGCGUCCUACCUGACCUCAAAGAAGGCUUCUUUACAGGGCUAGACUUGCCGAAAGAUGAUCCGCGGGUGCAAGCUCGACGUUUUCUCAUGGGAAGCAAUGUCUGGCCUGAUACAUCCUUGCUUCCCAAGGAUGACUUUUGCAAGCCUGCUGAAGAGUACCAUGCGGCGCUGAUGAAGCUAUCUAUCAGUGUCUUGAAACUCAUCGAGCGCACGCUCCCGUAUGGCUCAGGGAUAUUUGACAACUUCAUCGCCAAUGAUCCCAUCGCACCGAUGCGCGUGCUACAUUACCCGCCAGCGCGUCCAGAGGAUGAGAAAAACGGCAAGACGCAAUACGGUGCCAGCGCACAUACCGAUUUCGGCGCCAUAACUCUGCUUCUUCAGGAGGAGAGCCCAGGGUUGGAGGUCCUGGAUUCCAGAACGGGCGAAUGGAAACCCGUGCCACCGAAUCCAGACGUGUAUGUUGUCAACAUUGGCGACAUGCUUAGUUUUUGGACCAAGAAUGAGUAUAAGAGCAGUGUACACCGCGUUAUCAACCGCGAGCCGGGAGACCGAUAUAGUAUUGUGUUCUUUUUUGAUGGAAAUGGUGAUACAAAGUUGUCUCCGCUGGAUGGGUCGGAGGAGGACAAUCCGCUGACGGUGGAACAGCAUAUGAUCCGUAGGGUUGUGGAGAGCUACGGCAAGAAGUGA